AUGGCGGUGUUGUACUUCCUCACACUGGCAUCCAAACACUUUACCCUGGCGUUGCCCCAUUGCAAAGAGGAGGAGUACCCAGUAGGUGCUGAAUGCUGCCCCAAGUGCAGCCCAGGUUACCGGGUGAAAAAAGCCUGUGGCGAGGAGACAGGCACAACGUGUGUGCCCUGCCUCCCGGGAACAUACACAGCCCACCUCAAUGGCCUGGGAGAGUGUCUGCACUGCCGAGUCUGCCACUCAGGCUCUGAGUGGGAGGAUACGGUAUGUGAAGACUGCCCACCUGGGACCCAGUCUUCCCUGAGCCACAUGGACGAGUGUCAGCCCUGGACCAAGGCGAUCAGCCAAGAAGAAGAGCUCUUUCCAGGUAUUGCCUCUCCCAGUAAAUUCUGUGCAAACAGAGAUGUUGAGACUGAGGAAGCCCUACACAUUGGGCCAAAUGCCACUACAGCGUCUGUGAAAGAAACUGAACCCAGUGGGAGCGUCAGCUAA